CGGAGUCUUGGAGACCGGGUGGACCUAGGCUUGGGGGCGGGGCCGAACUGUGGAAGUGUGAGAAUGGUUUUGGGUCUCUGUUAGAAAAUCUGGGUCAGGAAUCAACGCAGAGGGAAACUUCUACCUGUUGCCCUCUUUUCAGGCCAAUUCACAUUCCCUGACCUUAGGGGACAUUCUCUACCCGCCCCCCCCCCGGGGUAUCCCCCUUCCCUUCCAGUGACCCCAGGCUGGGGCAUUAUGUUUAUUGCUGAGUGUGGCCCCUGCAGUGAGUCUGGAGUGGGCCCGGCUCCCAGGCCUUCUCCUAAGAGGCACUCAAGAACACGUCUUUACUGAGCACCUCCUGGGUGCCGUUCAUUGUUGUGGACACCAGAGAAAAGUGGUGCCCAUGCCACUCCCCUCAGGAGGCUUAUAGAUCAAUGACUAGACAAUAGGCAAUAAACAGAUAAGUACACAGUAAAGAGGCGAAGAAGCAAACACGAUGAUUAACAAGCAUAAGUGCCAUGUAGGAAAUAAAAUGAGGUGAUGUGAUAGAUAGAAAUAGUGGGACCUGUUGGGACUAUGCUUUUGCUGCCUCCUUAGUCUCUAGGAGAGCCCUCUGGCUCACCUCCCAACAUUUAUUAUGAAAGAUUUCAAACAGGCAGCAAAGUUGAAAAUAAUUUUACAGUGAACACCCAUAUACCCACCACCUAAAUUCUACCAUUAAUGUUUUAUCUUACUUGCUUUAUCAUAAACCCAUCCAUCAACCCUUCCGUCAAUCCAUCUUAUUUUUUAUGUAUUUCAGAGUAACCUGCAGACAUGAGGACAAUUGGUACCGGCCCAGGCCCUAACUCCCUGCAGAGAGGUGAGUGGGGUCCCUCAGGCUGGGGAGAGAGAUGUGGAGUGAUUGGGCCUGUUCUGAGCCAGCUGGAGGCCUGGAGCCCUGCCUGGUAUGGAUUUCAGGGCAGGGUAUGGCAGUGUCGGAAGGGCCCCGGGGCUGGGGGGGGGGGAGAGGGAGGGGGCGGCCAUGACAACAAGAUCAGGAGCAUCAUGUCUGGAUCAGGGCUCGUGGUAGAGCCAGGGCAUGGGUGGUAGGUGGGGGUUUCGGGCCUGGAAGCAUCCCCUCUCUGGGUGGGUCAGGUGGUUGGGACAAGGAAGUCUCCUGAUGAUAUCAGUAGGGGGUACAGAGAGUUUCGUGACAUGAAGUGAACCUUGCAUUUGGAGAGCGACAUGGUUUACCAUUUUGUGUGUGUGUGUGCGUGCACGCAUGUGGGAAGAUCUCCUGGUAGACUGAUCGGCUAGUGGCUGGGAGAGAGGCAGAGAAAAUGAUACAAUAAUAAUAAUGAUGAUGAUGAUGAUGAUGGUGAUGAUGUUAAUAAUAGCUGCUAACACUUAUGUAGUGUUUAGUCUGUCAGGAACUAUUCUGAACAUGUUACAGUGUAUUAUACUUCGUAACAACCCCAUGAGGUAGGUGCUAUGGUUAUCCCCAUUUUACAGAGGAGCACACUGAGGCACAGAGAGGGGAAGUCACUGGAUUCAAGUCGCGCAACGGGGAACUGGGGUGUGAACCUGAGCGGCCAGGCCCGGAUUCUUUCUUGCAAUGCUGCACUACCUCUCAAGAAAUAUGAAGAAACCGAGAUUCAGAGAGGUUCAGACACUUGCCCGAGGUCACACAGCUAGUCUCCCGCCCCACUCCUCCUGCCUUCCAUCUGCACCAUGGCUCCGGGCCCCUUCUCCUCGGCGCUCCCCUCGCCGCCACCUGCCGCCCUGCCCUUUCUGCUGCUGCUCUGGGCCGGGGCAUCCCGUGGGCAGCCCUGCCCCGGCCGCUGCAUCUGCCAGAACGUGGCGCCCACGCUGACCAUGCUGUGCGCCAAGACCGGCUUGCUCUUCGUGCCGCCGGCCAUCGACCGGCGCGUGGUGGAGCUGCGGCUCACCGACAACUUCAUCGCGGCCGUCCGCCGCAGAGACUUCGCCAACAUGACCAGCCUGGUGCACCUCACCCUGUCCCGUAACACCAUCGGCCAGGUGGCCGCCGGCGCCUUCGCUGACCUCCGCGCCCUCCGCGCCCUGCACCUCGACAGCAACCGCCUGGCCGAGGUGCGUGGCGACCAGCUCCGCGGCUUGGGCAACCUUCGCCACCUGAUCCUCGGCAACAACCAGAUCCGCCGGGUCGAGUCAGCUGCCUUCGACGCCUUCCUGUCCACCGUGGAGGACCUGGAUCUGUCCUACAACAAUCUCGAGGCCCUGCCGUGGGAGGCUGUGGGCCAGAUGGUGAACCUGAACACCCUCACGCUGGACCACAAUCUCAUCGACCAUAUCGCUGAAGGUACCUUUGUGCAGCUGCACAAACUGGUUCGCCUGGACAUGACCUCCAACCGCCUCCAUAAACUGCCCCCCGAUGGGCUCUUCCUGAGGUCCCAAGGUUCGGGGCCGAAGCCGCCCACGCCGCUCACGGUCAGCUUCGGCGGCAACCCUCUGCACUGCAACUGCGAGCUGCUGUGGCUGCGGCGGCUGACCCGAGAGGACGACCUGGAGACGUGCGCCACCCCGGAGCACCUCACUGACCGCUACUUCUGGUCCAUUCCUGAGGAGGAGUUCCUGUGUGAACCCCCGCUGAUUACACGGCAGGCGGGGGGCCGGGCCCUGGUGGUGGAGGGCCAGGCGGUCAGCCUGCGGUGCCGCGCUGUGGGUGACCCUGAGCCCGUGGUGCAUUGGGUCGCACCCGAUGGGCGGUUGCUGGGGAACUCGAGCCGGACCCGGGUUCGGGGGGAUGGGACACUGGAUGUAACCAUCACCACCUUAAGGGACAGUGGCACCUUCACGUGCAUCGCCUCCAACGCCGCUGGGGAAGCGACGGCCCCCGUGGAGGUGUGCGUGGUACCCCUGCCUCUGAUGGCGCCCCCGCCGGCCGCCCCGCCGCCCCUCACCGAGCCCGGCUCCUCAGACAUCGCCACGCCCGGCCGACCCGGUGCCAACGAAUCGGCCGCUGAGCGCCGGCUCGUGGCGGCCGAGCUCACCUCGAACUCGGUGCUCAUCCGCUGGCCGGCCCAGAGGCCCGUGCCCGGCAUCCGCAUGUACCAGGUCCAGUACAACAGCUCCGCAGAUGACUCCCUUGUCUACAGGAUGAUCCCAUCCACCAGCCAGACCUUCCUGGUGAAUGAUCUGGCAGCAGGCCGCGCCUACGACCUGUGCGUGCUGGCAGUCUACGACGACGGGGCCACUGCACUGCCGGCCACGCGAGUGGUGGGCUGUGUGCAGUUUACCACUGCCGGGGAUCCCGCGCCCUGCCGCCCACUGAGGGCCCAUUUCUUGGGUGGCACCAUGAUCAUCGCCAUUGGGGGCGUCAUCGUCGCCUCGGUCCUCGUCUUCAUCGUUCUGCUCAUGAUCCGCUAUAAGGUCUACGGCGACGGAGAUGGCCGCCGCGUCAAGGGUACCUCCAGGUCGCCUCCGCGGGUCAGCCACGUGUGCUCGCAGACCAACGGCGCAGGCGCAUCGCAGGCCCCGCCCCCGCCGGCGCAAGACCGUUACGAGGCGCUGCGCGAGGUGACGUCCCCAGCUGCUGCCGCUUUGGCGGUCGAGGCGAAGGCCACCGCCGCCGAGAUGGAUUCCACCGAGCCAGAGGCCGUCCUUGGACGCUCCCUGGGCGGCUCAGCCACCUCGCUGUGCCUGCUGCCAUCUGAGGAAAUCUCUGGGGAGGAGUCUCGGGCCACGGCGGGCCCUCGGAGGAGCCGUUCCGGGGCCCUGGGGCCGCCAGCUUCGGCGCCCCCCACUCUUGCUCUGGUUCCUGGGGGUGCCCCGGCCCGGCCGAGGCCGCAGCAGCGCUAUUCGUUCGACGGGGACUACGGGGCACUCUUCCAGAGCCACAGUUACCCGCGCCGCGCCCGGCGGACAAAGCGCCACCGGUCCACGCCGCACCUGGACGGGGCCGGAGGGGGCGCGGCCGGGGAGGACGGAGACCUGGGGCUGGGCUCCGCCAGGGCACGCCUGGCCUUUACCAGCACCGAGUGGAUGCUGGAGAGUACCGUCUGAGCGGCGGGCGGGCGCCGGGACGCCUGGGUGCCGCGGACAAACGCCCAGCCACCCGGACGCUGGGGCAGGACUCGGGGGCGAAAGCACGGCGCCUAGUGGUCAGACUGGAGGGGGAGACGCGCCCUUCUCCUCCCUGAAGGGGGCGAGGCUGCCUCGUCUGCAGCUCUCGGCCACGCCCCCGGGCCCGGGGGAGUUAGGGGGCGGGCAGCCGGGCCCCCCUCCUCCAAGGACUCCUCGUCCCCCUCCUGCCCCUCCCCCCGCGCGCUCGCGGACCUCGCUGGAGCCGGUGCCUUACACAGCGAAGCGCGGGGAGGGGCAGGGCCCCCCCGACACUGCAGCACUGAGACACGAGCCCCCUCCCCCCGCCCGGGACCGGGGCAGGGGCGAGGGGCCCAUUUCUUGUAUCUGGCUGGACUAGAUCCUAUUCUGUCCCGCGGCGGCCUCCAAAGCCCCCACCCCCACCCCAUUCACCUCCCUGGUCCCGUCGGGUCUGGCUUGGGGUCCCCCUUUCUCUGUUUGUUCCCUUCCUCUCUGUCCCGCCCUAUGUCGUCUUUGUCUCAUGUCUCUGUCCUUCCCUAUUUGUCUCUGUCCCGCCGUCUCUUCUCCCUCCCAUAUCUUGUCCAGUCUCCCUCUCUCUCCUGAUUACCUCUUCCCCACUACACACUCUCCCGGGCAGGUCCCACUGGAAGGACCAGAGUCUCCCCUAUCCCUUCCUCUUUCCCCAAAUAAAUCCCCACAUGAACAAGAUCCAAAACCAAAUCCUCCCCUCCCUGCCGGAGCCGGGACCCUCCGCCGCAGCAGAAUUAAACUUUUUUCUGUGUCUGAGGCC